GAAGGAUAAAGUAGGGCAAGUAAGAGCCAGACCAACUUCUUGUCUCAUAAAUUAAAAAGGAACAUUCAGCCGUCUCUUCAGUCUGCCUCUGCCAGAUCGUUACUGUGCACCGAAUCCCAACAUUAAAUAUCUCUGUAAACGCAAUCUUUUCCUAUUCCAGCGUCAUCAUAUUAUCUACCUAAUCCAAUGCUAUCCAGGGUUGCCACGCCGGCUCUUGGCUUGGGCUCCACGCACGUUCCAAUGAUCCUACCGCUCACGACUACGACUCUCGAGUGCAAGUUGGAACCGACUUCUUCAAGCCAUGAUAUAUUAUUUAUAUAUAUAUUUAAAACUUUCUCCUGUAAUUUUCCCAGUCUAGGGCAGUAAAUUUCUCACUCUCCAGAGCUCCAAAGUUCAAGCUCCAUGGAUGGAUUGGUAUCCCUGAGAGGUUUAAAUCCGGAUGCACCGGUGUUCAUGCCGAAUCUUUAUCCGCAGUUCACAUAUUAUCCAAUUUUUCCCAUUCCUCUUCACUACUAUCUAUCACAUCUAACCUCACAUUUCAGCUACCAUAACCCUUAUAUUCAAAGUUUUACAUGGCCAACUCUUUAUACUGAUACCUACUUCCAAAGCACGGGUUUUCCACCUCAACCGGAGAACAUGUCGGCAGUUGUUGAAGCAACAACGCCUUCAGUGACUGCGCCUUUGGAACAGACCAAUAAAAUGCACCGUGUUUCCAGAGUAGAUCAAAGAGUGGCUGUUCAAAAUGUUAAUCUGGGAAAGUGUGGGACGCCAUCCUGUCGAGGGCGAGGUGGUGCUUGGGUUAGGCAGGCAUGGUCGACGAAGUGUGGUAACGGUGGGAAUUUUGGUCGUAGGAAUGUUGGGAGCUUAAACGGCUACACUCGAAAGGCAGACUCUCUGAAUACUCGGGGACGUUCCCGUGCCCGGGAUGAUCAGAAGAAAAAGUCUUCUCCGCUGCUGCCUGUGCAUUGUGGUGUAGGAAAAACCACCAUUAUGAUAAGAAAUAUACCAAGCAAAUACACACGUAAGAUGUUGGUGGAAUUCCUGGACGAGCAUUGCAAGUUGGAGAAUGAAAAAGUGGAGACUGAAGAACAAAUUGUGUCCGCUUUUAAUUUCGUAUAUUUGCCUAUAGACUUCAGCACUGGGUGUAACAAAGGAUACGCAUUCGUUAACUUCACCGACCCACACGCCGUGUGGAAGUUUUACCUUGCUGCUAACAACCAGUCAUGGGAGCUUUUUCAUUCAAACAAGAUACGCCAGAUAUCCUUCGCAAGACUCCAGGGAGAGGAACUGGUGAGGCACUUUGAGAGUAUGGGAUUCCCGUGUGAAUCGGACGAAGUCUUGCCUGUGUCCUUUAGCCCUCCUCGCGAUGGCUCGAGGGAUUUCGUGAAACAAAGUAUAGUGGGGAGAUGCAUCCGCACGGGACCUCGUGGACACAGGCACGAGAGGGUUCGCUGAGCACAAUCAAAUCUAGCCAUCGGACUUGGCUGCUCUGAUGACUGAUGAGACAAGUUUCUUGUCAAUUUCAUUUUCAUCGUCAUGCUUUGGCUUUUCUUCAGCUGUUAGUUUGGUUUCAAUUCCUUCUAUUUUAGUUGGGGUUGCAAUUUCUAGUUAGUGAAUCUUUCGCUUAGGAAUGGUUAGCAUGGUUAGUGUACGUACGUAACUGUGUUGCUUGGCGCUUAGUUAGCACAGACGAGGGUGGAGCUUGGCACCUGAACCUAAAGUGUACGUGGGCACUGGGAAGGAAUAGGUGGUGGGCUCCACCCUCUCGAGAUGGUUUGGUUGUGAAGGACUGAGAUGUUGUACUUCUCUCGACUUCUGUGUGUGGAAUUAGAGAGUUUGUGUGCUUUCUUUUUCUGGCCAAGUAUGUUUCUCCUUGUAAAAUCACUGUGCCUGUACGUGUAAACUCCAAUUAUCAUAAAAUAGCAGUGUGGAGGCCAUAGAUGGCCGCAGCUGCCUGUUAUCUCA